GUCAGAUCAGAAGAAUUGGCUGCCUCAAUGUCAGUUGAGCUGAAGGUGAGACUGUGUGGCGGACACUUCAGCCACGCUCCAGAUAAGACAAUCUAGUAGCUUACGUAUCAAUACGCCCGACAUAUAAAUAGAUUAAAACUUGCUAGCUAAUUGGCAUUCAACGACUAGAAUCGGUUGAAAGUAAGUCAAAGCAUAGCAACUGAAACCUUACAAAUAUAUAUAGCGGUGUAGAUACACUCUUAUGGAGAAGCAGAAGUUACGCUCCAAAUCGCACACGUUUAAAAUAUUGCUUGGAUUACAAAAAUAAAACUAAAAUCAUUUAAAAUAAGGCUUAGAAGCAAAAGAAGACACAAACCAAAGUGAAGCUCCGGUUGUGUCUGUUCGAAAGUGAAAGUUUUGCAAUAAAGCUGAGUCCGUUUAUUUAAAACCGGUUGGGAAAAUGACGUCGACGCUUAGCAGUCUACUACAGACUUUGGGUCUCAACACCUCAUCUAAAAAGGCAGUAGCAACACCACCCAAUACAGCGCUGCAUAAAUCCUUUCCCCAGGAGUCUAGCUACGGCGUUCUUCCACAUGGACUCCCCGAAAUAACGCUCUCCCUGGUCGCGCAACACGAUGAAUACACCGACUGUUGGAUCGUCAUUUACGAUCGCGUCUACGAUGUCACACAAUUUCUGCGCGAUCAUCCGGGCGGUGAGGAUAUCAUAAUGGAGCAUGCAGGACGCGAUGCUACUCUGGCCUUCCACGGGACUGGACAUUCACAGUCGGCAAUCGACCAGCUGGGCGAGUAUCUGAUUGGUGAACUGCCAGCGAAGGAGCGUAUCUUUCGAAAUGACAAUGCAAAAGUAUUAUCUAUUGGAGUACCGCAGUGAAAGCGCACAGUAAAAUCAAAAGAAAAGUAAGGAGAGUGUACGCAAGUGAAAGCUCUCAGAAGAGAGGGAAUAGCAAAUCACACCGCAUAGCGCAAAAUUUGUUUGAACAGAGCUUCUAUGCAGAAUAAUGCUAUUAUUCGAGCUAGGCAUCACCAUAUUCACACAUGACAAGUGUCCACUUUUAAACGACCGGCGAGUGAAGCCAAAACCUUAUCAGCCAGUGACGACUUACAACUACGCAUUAGUUAAACAAAUCACACUGAACAAAUUAUAAAAUACAAAUUACAGUGAAGGCGCGAGGUACCGCCUUAAAAAUAUACUAGAUAAGUAAAAGCUUUAAAGAUUAUAUUCAUUGAUAUACAUACAUAUGUAUGUAUAUAAGGGUGUCCGACAAUCCGAAUUUUUUAUCCAAACCCGGGUUUCGAGUUAUUCGAACAACCCAAUUUGAAAAAAAGGCUUUUAGUUUUUAAAUUCAGAAAAAAACCUAGUUAGAACCGAUAUUUGCUUUAAAUUUUUUUCGUUUGCAUAACGCUUACAGUUAGUAAGAAACGAAAGCCAAAUAUGGAAUACAACGAUUAAAAUUAGGUAUGGCUUUGAUUUAAAACUACAUCAAUUAAAUUGAUUAAGUUAAAAGUUACUCGAAUUUGGACAAAUAGUAAAACAAACAAAUAAUAAAUACAUAUAUAAAAGUUCAGGGAUUAAAUGAUUUUUUUCUUAGUUGCUAAAAACCUAUAUUUGGCUUUUUACAAGUAUUUUUUAAAACAUUUAUUUCAUUCAACUGUUUGCUCUACGGGUCUUUAAUACUUUUUUUAUCUACUUAAAUCUUUUCGUGAAUCAAACUCCCACCGGAAACAGAUGUGGUAGAAUAUGAAUAAAAGUGUUAUUGCGAAAAAUUUAAUAAUUAAUUUUUUUAAGCUGCAUUUUGCAUGGCUUUUUGACCGAGAUUUCUUUGACUAAUUUUUAUUCAACUUAUCUAUGUGAAAAAUGCUCAUUUAAGAGUAUAUUGCAUUUAAAUAAAAAGUAAAUCGAAAUUAAGGGGAAACUGGUGUGGUAAUUCUGCGGAUAUUUUAAAUAAACGCACAUCUAAUAAAUUUAGUGUCAACGCUUAUCAUCUUCUACGUACAUAGUUGCAUUUUUGCAAGUGCAUUAAAGCGAAUGGAGCCAAACAAAAUGUUCUCUAGUUGAUUUCAAAGCACUUUGAUUUGUUCCAUUUUUAAAAUCAUACUUAGAACCACUUCAAUUAAAGCACGUAACACCAAUGACACCCAAUAAUUUUAAAGCUUUCCGCUCUGGGUGGAAAUUAUUAUUCUGUGAAAACUUGAGGUGGAUACUUCACAUACAAUGACGAUUCUGUUUAAAAAUGAAAACAAAUCUAUUUGUAAAAAGUUUUCUCUGCGCAAAGUUUUUCCCAAAGUUUUGUCGCUGUGAAAAGCAUAAGUUGAGCACUUUGCUCUAAAACAUAAUCUUUUGAUAAACAAAUACAUAUGAUUAUCUCUUACUCACAAUAAUUAUAAAUUAUAAAUUAUAAUUUACUUGCUCGAUGUUUAUGGAAAAGCCUUUAAUGAUCUAAAAUCGCUUAAGGUGGUAAAACGAAAUGAUAAAGUGAAAAACUAAAAUUAUCAUUGAAUUUUUAAUGUUCACUUCACCAUUUCAUAGAACAAGAAUUGACCCACUGAAAUCCUUCAGUUCAAUGUAUUAUAUGUAUUUUUUUACUCGAAACAGAUUUCUUAUUGUGAAUGAACUUAAUGUUCGUAUUUAUUUUUAUUUAGUAUUUAGCUUAAAUUUAAGAAAAAUAUGCAAUAUGUAUUACAGUUAUUCAAUGCAACUAUAAGAUUAAAAUUUAAGUUGAAAAUAGAUUUCCAUUAUUGAAAAGAUUGUUAUUAAAUGAAUCCAUAGUAAAAAAAAAAUAAAACAAACUUUUAUUUAAAUAAUCUGAAAGAAAAAAAUAAACUUUAAUCGAAAUCAACACAAUUUACAUACUAAUGUAAAAACUUGUCGCGAAAUUUGUAAUGUAAUGGAUGGAUGGAUCCAGGGUGGGUUUGAUUUAAUUUAAUAUAUACACAAAAUAGUAACGAUAUAAGCAUCUGCUUAUAGGCAUUUCUCGCUUACAAGCACCGAAAAAUUUUUCAUCUUCCCGCUUAUAAGCACUGAAAAUAAGUUUUUGGUUUUGAAAUUCUUUUAUGAACCACUUGUACAGGUUCUGCAUUUUGUUGCACAUUUAGUUAUAUAAAUGAUAUCUCAAUUUAAAUGAAAAUUUUGUAGUCGUUCGUUUGGUUUAGUUACAUACAUACAUAUGUAGACGGACUGGUAGUGUAUAUAAACGAGGAUUUCAAUAUAAACACAGUCAGUGCUUAUAUGUAGGAUUUUCAUACAAGCACUUCCCGCAUCUCGUGCAUUCGAUGAUGUACAUAUCCG